AUGUCUGCACCCGAUCCUAAAGAGCGAUUCCAUCGACAGUUCCAGGUCUCUGUCGCUUCCAUCCAGGAGCAGAUCGACCGACUUUUUAAGCUCUCUACCGCGGGAGGUGAGAGGGAAGAUGCAGUUGAGCAUACAUUGAGCUGUAUCUCGCACCUCUCCAAAGACGUAGCCGAUGCUACCGACUUCCUCCCGGCCUAUGACCAACGCACCUAUUCCGAUACGGUCAAAUCCCUGAAGGACCAGGUCAAUGAGGCCGAAGUCAAAUUCAAGCCCAAAAGCCGUUUUCAAUUCAAGAAGCGCACAGAUAAUGGCUCCGCCGUGGCAGACAAGGCCGACACCCGCCGUCUCGAUCUGGCCGUGAAUAGUAACAGCAGUGGGCAGCAGCCGACAGAGGUUAAGGACACUGUCGGCUCCCUGCCGAGCUUUACAUCCACCACAACCACCGGCCCGACCAAGAACUACAACGCCGAGGUUACUCGUCAGGGCGAGGGUGGAGAUCACUCCGGCAUUCGCAAGCCUUCCUUUUCUACUGCCCGCGACAUUGAUCUGUCCGACCACAUUCGUGUGCACAUCACACUGCCGGCUUCGGCUUCGCGUGCCACCUCAGCUGGCACACUGACCGACCUCCACCAGUGUGUUGUUGACAUGUCGCUUCCUACAUGCACCGGUCCUAUGGACACUUCCAACGCGGGCCCUGACGCACACAUUGGUACCCCCUUCGCUAGCCUGAUGCUUAAGGAGAUCAAAAGCAGCGUUAUUGUAGCCGGCCAUGUCAACGGCCCUGUGCAUGUGACGCGCGUGCGAGAUAGCGUCGUCGUGGUGAUUGCUCGCCAGGUACGCAUCCACGAGUGCCGCAACGUGGUCUUUUAUUUGCACUGCGUCAGCCGGCCCAUUGUUGAGGACUGCAAGGAUGUGAGGUUCGCGAAGUGCCCCGAAAUUUACUUGACGGACAAAGAGAGGACCGAGGCCAACUUGUACGACCAGGUUGACGACUUCAAGUGGCUCAAAACAUUUAGCUCACCUAAUUGGAGCCUGCUGCCUGACUCAGAAGUAAUUACGGACCAAGUGUGGAAGAAGGCCUUGGCUGGUGAGCCCGGUACCCUCAUUGACGACACUCUGCAGACCCUAGGGGUCAACAAUAAGAAGGCCUGA